UGACUGUGGCACCCCCCGCCUCGUAAGCUCCCGGCCCUCGAGUCUCCGCCGCCCGCGGCUGCUCGCCGCCCGCAGCCAUGAGCGCGCUCGGCGCCGGUGCUGUCGCCUCGGGUCGUCUGGAUUAGAGCUGGCCUCUGCGAUCGUUCGCAACAUGGAGUCGCCCGCCGCGAGCCCUCCCGCCGGCUUGCCUCCGACCAAAGGAAAAUCCAAAAGGAAAAAGGAUUUACGGAUAUCCUGUGUGACCAAGCCACCUGUGUCCAAUCCCACACCACCCCGGAACCUAGACUCCCGGACUUUCAUCACCAUUGGAGACCGAAACUUUGAGGUGGAAGCUGAUGACUUGGUGACUAUCUCAGAGCUGGGCCGUGGAGCCUACGGGGUGGUGGAGAAAGUGAGACAUGCUCAGAGCGGCACUAUCAUGGCUGUAAAGCGCAUCCGGGCCACUGUGAACUCACAAGAGCAGAAGCGACUGCUUAUGGACCUAGACAUCAACAUGCGCACAGUUGACUGUUUCUACACUGUCACCUUCUAUGGUGCCCUCUUCAGAGAGGGAGAUGUGUGGAUCUGUAUGGAGCUCAUGGAUACAUCCCUGGACAAGUUCUACCGGAAAGUGCUGGAUAAGAACAUGACAAUUCCGGAGGACAUCCUGGGAGAGAUUGCUGUGUCUAUCGUGCGGGCCCUGGAGCACCUGCAUAGCAAGCUGUCUGUAAUCCACAGAGAUGUAAAGCCAUCCAAUGUCCUCAUCAACAAGGAGGGCCAUGUAAAGAUGUGCGACUUUGGCAUCAGUGGCUACCUGGUAGACUCAGUGGCAAAGACAAUGGAUGCUGGCUGCAAGCCCUACAUGGCUCCCGAGAGGAUCAACCCUGAGCUGAAUCAGAAGGGCUACAAUGUCAAGUCUGAUGUCUGGAGCCUCGGCAUCACCAUGAUCGAGAUGGCCAUCCUGAGGUUCCCUUAUGAGUCCUGGGGGACCCCGUUCCAGCAGCUGAAGCAGGUAGUGGAGGAGCCAUCUCCCCAGCUCCCAGCUGACCAGUUCUCCCCUGAGUUUGUGGACUUCACUAGCCAGUGCUUAAGGAAGAACCCUGCAGAACGUAUGAGCUACCUGGAGCUGAUGGAACACCCUUUCUUCACCUUGCACAAAACUAAGAAGACAGACAUCACUGCCUUUGUGAAGGAGAUCCUUGGAGAGGAUUCAUAGGGCCUGGUCUGGGACUCCACUGGUCUGCCAGCACCUCAAACGCCUUCUGCUGGGGCUGCUUGCCUACAGCCAUAAGCUACUGCCAUCCUGGCCCUGGGCAUUCCAGGAGGAAUUAAGGGAGUUGUUCCUGUCUGGCUCUGCAUCUAGCUGUCCCAAGUGCCAAAGAACCAGACCUUAGGGGGCUUCCAGUUAGACCCACAUGGGUGCCAUCAGUGCCUCUGCCCUUGCUGCUUCCAGGGUCCCAGGUCUCCACCUAAAGGGGAGGCCUGGGUACCCCUGCAGAUGCUGCUGCCCCAGGAGCAGGCAGCCAGUGCCUAUGUGGACAGGCCAUAGCCUGGUACUGUCCUGGAUGCCAUCCAAGUUGUAUAUAUAUUUUUAAUCUCAACUGAAUGGACUUUGUACACUGUGGCCUGGGGCAGGGGCAUUUCUGUCCUGCCUCAGGUGCUGAGGAUACACUAUGGGGAUAAGCCCCGUGAAUCCCCUAACACUUGUGGGAGAUGUAUUGAGCUGCCCAAGGCCUUCACCCAGCACUGGCCAAUGACCUCUAAGGGGCACACUGACCUGGCCCCUAGCCACCACCUCUAAGUGGCAUCUUUUUGCCUUUUUAAAAAUUUGUCUUUGUUGACUUUUGUUUUGUGGGUGUCGCUGUUUUUUUUUUUUUUCCUUCCUUGCAUGGUUUGGAGCUGAUCACUUCACCCUAGGUACCAGCAGGUUGCCAGCUACCCCUGUGCUCAGGCUGGGGUAUAUGGCACUGCUCAAGAUCUUUGCCCAAGGCCACCAAGGGAGCCAUACCAGUUCUCCAAGUAUGACUAUCUCACAGGAUCUACGGGUUUACUUUGGUGGUGUUUUUAAAAAGAGAAAAUAUAUUUUUGUGAAGAAAGGCCUAGCUAUCUUAGCCUUUCCCUGGGGUGCUGAACAGGCACUUGGUUGCUGUUUUAAUUAAAAAAACAAAACAUAA